GAUCGCAGUAAACAUUGAGCAGAGCUGCUUUCCCGUAUGUUAAACCUACUUAAGACACUUUUUACGACACAUAGCAAUACUUUAACUGUAAUUUAGGCACUUCUCUCAGGUUACCUGGACGCGCAGCUGAGAUCCUCAGCGAUGGUCGAGGUGUUUUCAGGAAGAACACUCGUGAAUAAAGAGGGAGAUCUGGUGGAUCCAGAGGAAGCUCUCAGGAAUAAAGUGGUUGGCCUGUAUUUCUCCGCUGGAUGGUGUCCACCCUGCCGAGACUUCACUCCGCUGUUGUGUGAUUUCUACACGGAGCUGGUGGAGGAGACCGAGCCUCCUGCACAGUUCGAGAUCGUGUUUCUCUCCUCUGAUAAAUCCACUGAAGACAUGGUGGAGUAUUAUCAUGACAUGCACGGGGACUGGCUGGCUCUGUCCUGGACGGAUCCAUAUAAACAGUGA